AUGACCCGCGCGAUUGCCCUGCUCGUACUCACGUCGUCUCUCCUGAGAUGGACUAUGGCGGGAGAAUCCAGGUCUCCGUGCGCGCGGGCAACACUCCUACCUGGCGGGGGCGUUCACGUCACGUUCGUGUCCUCUGCGCCCGCCCCCGCGCGCCUCUACCACAGCGCGUGGUCGCGGGAGCGCGCGCUGCUCGCCUGCGCGUGGACAGACGGCGCGGAGGCGGUGCGCGAGCACGUUUCCGCGUGCGAGCGGGAGCGCCACCAGCUUCUUCGUCCUCCUCCCCGCGCGCUUGUCGAGGCCGUGCUCUCACGCGCUGAUGCGUGCGUGUCUCCACGGGUCUCGAGGUGGUCGCCGGAGGUGAAAGGUCACCAGCGUGUCAAGAGGGGCUUCAUCGUUCCGGGAACUCUUUGGUGUGGAUCAGGAAACAAGGCGCCCUCUUAUGACGACUUAGGUGUCUUUUCGGACACGGACAGCUGCUGCCGUGAGCACGACCAAUGCAAGCACACCAUCCUGUCCUUUCACUCCCAGUUUGGCGUCUUCAACUCCAACAUCUUCACCAUGUCCCACUGCGACUGCGACAGCAAGUUCCGCCACUGCCUGCAGGAGGCCAAGGACGGCAUGGCUGACGUGGUUGGCUACACCUUCUUCAACCUGCUCAGCAUGCACUGCUUCUCCUUGUCUCACAGGCUGCAGUGUGCACAGAGGAACUGGUUUGGAAUGUGCAAGGAAAGCAAAAUGGCGUUGUACGCCGAGGUCCACCCACCCACGCUCUACCAGUCGACCAGCGCAACAGCACCGAGCGUCAACAUCUCUAACGUGUCCUUACUCAUGGAGGACAUGCCCUCAGCCAUGAUGUCACUCACCACGCCCCCCUCAGCUUCGCGUUUGCCGGCUGUAUCGUUCCCCGCGCCAGACAACACCAGCAGGCGGCAAGCGGACCUCCUCGGCCAGAACGGGUCCUGCAGCGCCUUCAAGAUCCUGGAUGAGUGCAGGGAGAAAAUCCCGCCCAAGAUGACGAGGUUUGGACUCUUCAACUCCGAGUCCAAGACCGUGUACCACUGCAGCUGCACCAGCAGAACCUUCCACACCUUGACUCAGCAGCACCAGCCACUGACCCCGGUGCAGAACAUCUUGCUGGACCUCAUGUCCCAAUCGUGCUUCCUGCAGAAGAACUGCACACGAGACCAAACCAGCUGCGGGUCACCUGCAGUCUUGCUGGAAGCAGAACUUCCCAGGCUGCGAUCCAGCGCAGAUGCGGAGGAGCAGCGCCGCCUAGAGGCCGUGCUUGAGAAGGUCAGGAGGUCUAGGAGAAGACAAGGCGAGGUCAAAGUUCACAAAGUUUGCGUGAGGAUGCUGAGGCACAGAGUCAACACGGCAGGAACUCACACAUGAAGGAAGGACACAUUUUAUGAUAUUUAUUUUAUUCAUAAUAAAGAUUAAAGCUCAGAAACAUCGACUACAUAAACAUUUUGAUGUGGUUCUGCAUGAAUUCACGUGCUUUGAUAGUAUUGUUAGAGUAAAUGAAUUGUUGUUUAUGUAAAUAUUUGUACAUAAGCACAUUUUUUUGUUUCCAGGAAUGACAUGGCAGAGUGAGUUGAAUUUUUUUGAUACGACAUGAUUUGUGUAUGCAAAUGAAAAAUGACAAAUCAGAUCAAUAAAUUGCCUACUUGUCCUGACAAAAAAAUGUUGUAGUGGUGUUAUUACACAUGAUAAUAAUAUUAACAUUGAUAAUAAAUUAAUAAUACAUUAUUUUAUUAAUUAGUACAUUAAUACAUUUAUAUAUUAUGGUGUGACAGUUCGUGCUUCUGUAUCAAACCGUUCAUUGAUAAUAAAUGAAUUAAAAUAAUUUUUGCGUUAAUUUUUUAUAAUCUGUGUGGACGAUGCCGCCAUCUGUUGGACACUAAAAAGAAUGC